GGCCAGCGGUGGCAGAUGGCAGCCGCCGUGUUGGCCUUGCUGUUCACUAGCUGCCCUCGCUGGUGCACCCAUGGUAGAGAUGUGCAGAGUCUGAGGCUGUCCGAGGCUACUUGGGCACCCCUCGGCCUACGUUCUGCUGCCAGGGCACAGUCUUCUGUUUGUGCUAAGAUCGUGCAGCUUCUGGGGCAGAACGAGGUGGACUAUCACCAGAAGCAGGUGGUCAUCCUGAGCCAGGACAGCUUCUACCGCGUCCUCACUUCGGAGCAGAAGGCCAAGGCCCUGAAGGGCCAGUUCAACUUUGAUCACCCAGAUGCCUUUGACAAUGAACUCAUCUUCAAAACACUGAAAGAAAUCACCGAAGGGAAAACAGUCCACAUCCCUGUGUACGACUUUGUCUCCCAUUCACGGAAAGAGGAGACAGUCACUGUCUACCCUGCUGACGUGGUGCUCUUUGAAGGGAUCCUGGCCUUCUACUCCCAGGAGGUCCGAGACCUGUUCCAGAUGAAGCUCUUCGUGGACACAGAUGCAGACACCCGGCUGUCCCGAAGAGUUUUAAGGGACAUCAGUGAAAGAGGGCGUGACCUGGAGCAGAUUUUAUCGCAGUACAUUACAUUUGUCAAGCCUGCCUUUGAGGAGUUCUGCUUACCAACAAAGAAGUACGCAGAUGUGAUCAUUCCUAGAGGUGCGGAUAAUCUCGUGGCCAUCAACCUCAUCGUGCAGCACAUCCAGGACAUCCUCAACGGAGGGCUGUCCAAGCGGCAGACCGGUGGCUGUCUCAACGGCUAUGUGCCUUCGCGCAAGAGGCAGACGUCGGAGUCCAGCAGCCGGCCGCACUGACCCCGCCAUCUGCGGAGAGCACCAUGCCCCUGUACAUACCGGCUCCCAGGACGUGACUGUAUUUAAGGAAACACCACGGAGAUGACCUGCCUUGAAUUUUUUCCUUUAUUCCUUGUUGUACUCUGGAACGGUGAAGUCAGAGCAGAACUUGACCUUCGGCUUAAGGGACAGACUGUGCCAACGACUACUGGUGAUGCCUGAUUAUGAAUCCAACGUGUAACCAGUUAUAAAUACAUAUUAUAUAUAGAUAUAUAUAUAAAAGGAUCUAUUUUUGUGUAAAUGUACAAAUACUGUAAAGCUAUUGGCCAUAAGUAUUUUGCAGGGCCUAUGAUUGAGUGUUUGGGGCCUGGUACGAGAGUGACAUUAAAGGGGACCUGGGGAGGUGCCCGGCCAGCGGAGGGGAACUGCAGCUGUCUCCUUGCUCUCGGCACCUGUGGAGCUGAUGGUGACGCCUCCCCGUCCCACGCCACCUCCUUGCAGUUGGCGCUUGGUGUGCUGACGAGGGACGCUCUUGUCUUUCUUGUUUUCUUUUCUUUUUUGAGUUGAAAUUAGGCAAGAUCUCAACUCAGUUCAAACUCAGGGAAGAGGCCCACCAAGGAGAGCAAGUCUUCUGUGUUCCUCCCUGCUCUGCACCCCCGGCACCCCCACGGCUCCCUCCUCUCCCUGCCUUUCUGCCUCUCCUUCCCUGGCCAGGCUUUUAAGGACGAACUGGGGAAGGCGAGAGUGGAACCUGGCCUGCUCAAAUGUCCCCUCACCCCCCAGUGAGGUUUCCGUUCAGACCCCUUGGGUAGUCAGUCUCCUGUGUUGGGGAACACGCAGUGGACCCUUGCGGUCUGGGCUUUGAUCGGGGACACCUGGCAAAGGAGAUCGGGCCACAUGAGUGACAGCAGCUCAGCUCCUAAUUAUCCCUGUGACCUGUGGGUUCUCAGUGGCACGCGCCUUUCCCCGGGGAUUCUCAACCACAGGGCAGGGCGAUGGACUUAAUCGCAGUAUCAUCACAUGAAUGGUGCCACUGCCGGGUGGGAGGGGCCCGGGGAGAAGAAAACCUUUCCUAAAAGUAUUUUAGAGCCUGGAUCCCCAAGUUGAGGUCUUAGUGGAAAACAUUUUGGGUGGACAUUUCCAGCUCUCUGAAGAGUUUCCUCUCCACAGGAGCUUCUUGUGUGCAGGAAGUGGAUUCCUGACCUUCUGCUAGGAGGGGCGGAGGGACUGGGGAGACGCAGGAGGCCGAGGCGGUCUGAUGCCUAGCCUGAAGCCUGAGUUUCUAGCUGCAGAAGAAGCAGGGAUUGUCGUGUCAGCAGUGACUGUUCCAUCAUCAUUCACUGGCUGUUGUCACCUGCUCCCCUCUGGAGAGCCUUCUUUCCGUGUGGCUCUUGAGGCCACUCAGCCCUGCAGGUUAUGGUGACUCCGCCUACUAUCCAGUCACACCGAGCCUCCCUCUCAGACUCGGUACAACAUCCAGUUUGAUUCUUCUUUUCUGGAUUCAAGUUGUCUCCAACUGUUUUGCUAUUUCAGUAAAGCCAUCCCUAGUCCUCAGCAGAGCUUUGCUGCCCUGAGCCUUCAGGAGGCUGUGCUGCAGGGCCUGAUGCUGUUCCUGGGGUCGGGAGGGCAGCCCGGUGCUCACUGCGAUCAGACGGCCUGUCUUUCUUCUGGUUGUGCUGUGCACAGUUCUGAGUUGAAGGGGGAUGGAGGCCUGGAUUAGGACCCCGAGGACACAGCCCUGGCCUUGCUGGGCCUUCUGUGCUGGGGGAUACCUGCCUCAGUCUGGGGGCGCCUUGGCCUUCAGUGGCUCGCAUGCUCAACUUUACUUGAAGCUCCCAGGUGCCAAACCAUUUAGUGCCUUGGCUAUCUGUCCCACUGCCUUGGGAGAGGGAUUGAUUCUUCUCUUCUCUGAGCCUUUAAUCAGCCGCUUCCUCAUUUAUCUACCUGUGGUGUUGGGACCAAGCCCCCAGGAUGCCCGAGUAGCCCGUUCCUAGCUUGGGACACAGCUCCAAGGGGGCCUCAUCCCGCCGCCUUGUGAAAUGACCGCCAGUUCUUGGUGGCUUGGCUGGACCCCGUGACACUGCGUCUGGGGAAGGGAUGGGAGGCUCUGCCCCUCUGUGUAACUCGGCUUUCUAGUCACUUGUGUAUGUGCGCUUGAGCUUUCUUCAGGACAGAUUGUCGUCUCUGGACCUCUGGUGGCACUACAGUCAGGGGUAAAUGGUUAGACCGAAAGCUGUGGCAUUUGCCAUGUUGCACUGCCAUGCAGGAAGGAGGCACCAAUGUGCAGAGCGGUGUGGUGUUGGUCACGUGUGUGGGAUCCCUUGGCUUCACAGCCACCAGCGGUGCUUGCUUCCCCCUCCGUGGACCAGGUAUCUGGGUGAAGACUUCCACAUCUGGGCCACGGUAGGGCCUGGGCUCACUCCGUCACGCUACUGCACCUUCUGCUGGCCUGAGUUUCUCAUCGUUGGGCAGCCUGGGACUAGGGCGGAGAGACAGGAAUCUGAGAAGGGUACAAGUGUGACCUCGGUGGGCAGUGUAAGGAGGCAGCAGGGCCCGCAGAGGAGGGCAGGGAAGGGAAGGUCUCCCUGCACAGGCGCGGGGAAGUUGGCUUCUCUUCUGCCCUUGGAAUUGAUCCUUGUCAUCAUGCCUGGGGCAGAUGCCAGGUUCUAGAGGCCACUGGGUCAGGCUGGAGGCUUGUGUGAUCCCAAAGCAGUUGGGAGGUGCGGAGACCUGAGCCUGGCUGGUUGUGUAUUAGCUCAUUCCUGCAGCCUCCUCGAUAUAGCAACUUUGACCUGGGCCAGCUCCCGAGACGGUUGGAGGGAAGUGGGCUUCUGCAGGGAGCUGUUCUCCACCACCUUGGAGUCUGUGCCCGUCAGGGAUCAAGGAAUGGGCUGGUCCAGGUAGGAAGCUAGGGCUGGUCCCGGGGUACAGGUGCAGGACGGUGCCUCCAGGAAGAGGCAGCUGACUUGGUUGCCAUCCUGGCCCUUGGAGUGGAGCAGGGAAAAAUUCAGGGUGCCAGCUGGGAUGCAUCUGGGCCCUUUCUGCCUUGGGCUUUUGCUGCUCUCUGUCCCAGGUGCAGGUGACAGGUGUGACAGACCAGCUGUGUUACUGUCCCAUGGCAGUGAGUCCUGCCUCGGGAUUGAGGUGAGCAGCCAAAUAGACUUGGGCUUUUCUUUCCCUUUAAGGUGCUUGCACUCCCCGUUUUCUUUCUGUUGCUUUACCUUUACUCUUGGUAGUUACGAAAAUGACCACAUGUGCUGUACCUUGCUGUAAAUAAAGA